AUGACAGAAAUUAUGGCAGCUUGCAGCUCUUCGGCGUCUCGCAAACGGAGACGGUUGUCCGAAGAUACAUCUCUGUUCAAACUGGACGGCUCGGCAUUUUUCAUCGGACUACAGAAUGCUCGGCACAACUUUUGUGAUGUGUCGGUUUGUGGCACCAAGGGAAACCCCGCGCAACCAGCACCAUGGAUCCCCUGCCACCGCAACGUGCUAAUGGCGCGCAGCGGCUGGUUUCAACGCAUGCUGCGUUCACCGAUGAAGGAGUCGCAACAGGAUACCAUCCAAGUGCACAGUGUGCCCCAUGACAUCCUGGAGCAACUGAUUCGCUAUAUGUACUCGUUUGAGAUCUCCGUCGACGGUGGCAACGCCCUCUUCCUGCUGCAGGCCGCAGACUUUUUGGAGAUGGAGCAGAUUGUGGAAGUGUGCAAGCUGGUCCUGAAGGAGAACCUGGACACCAACAAUUGGCGGGCUAUCUACCGCGGGGCACAACACCUGUCCUGCACCGACGUAUUAAAGGAUUGCCGCGCCUUCGCGCUGGAGCAUUUCACGAGUAUCAGCCAGUCGGCGGAUUUUCUGGACUUGGAUGCCGCUGAAGUCAGUCAGCUGGUCGCGUCUGACGAACUGAAUGUGGAAAAGGAAGAACAAGUGGCCACGGCGGUUGCGCGUUGGCUAGCCCAUUCCUUCGAAGAGCGGCUACCGCAUGCGGUGGACAUCGUGGGGCGAAUUCGUGUGCCUUUGCUGACUUCUGACGAUAUUGCCACUCUUCCCGACACUCCCGCUGGUCAACACAGCCAGUGA